UAAUAAUAAUAAUAAUAAUAAUAAUACCAUUGGAUUCAUCAUCCUCUCUCUCUAGAGAUGUUGUUAUGUUUACUUUUGGGAGCAUUGAAUUGGUGAUUAAUGGCUACAAGGUUGUCCCUUCACUCACCCCCCACUCUGACUCCAAGCCAUGUCUCCUCCUCCUCAGUCAGAAUCAGAAUCAGAAUCAAUUCAGCAGCAGCAGCAGGCUCAAUUACUACCAGUAGACUAGUAGCCAUGUGUGGCAGCAGCAAUCAUCAUCACAUCUCACCAGCAAGAUCCGAUCAAAAUCUCAUCAAGGUGGUGGUGUUUGAGGACAAAACAUCCGGUAUCGUCUGCUACAAAGAUGAAAAUGGGGAGAUAGUAUGUGAAGGCUACGACGAGGGCCCUCGUUUACAACAUCAUCAUCAUCAUCAUCAGAUGUCAAGAUUUGCUCAUUCUGAUCAUUCAAGCAAUAGUGUGGAAACAGUGGAGAUGCUGCAGAGAUGUUUAGCACAAGACACAGAGACACACAGCAGUAGGCAAGCAGAAGCAGAAAUGUUAGAAGAAAGAUUCAACAAACUCAGGUAAUAAGUAAAUGUCGAGCCCAGGGUGGGUUUUCACAAAUACAGACACCACUUGAAUAUGGAACAUCAAUAGUUGCUUUACUACUACUUCUGUUUUUGCAUAUAUCAUUGACAAAAAUUUACAAUAACAACCAA